GAAGGCACAGAUGGAACGAUGACAACAGGCUCCCUUUCACCAGAGAAAUCGACAGAUAUGUCACUGGAUACUUCUGUUGAAGAGAAUGGAGCAGUGGGAAGGGUCCAGUCUUCUUCACGGGAUGAUAGGUCACACUGGGACUUGAAUACUGUGAUGGACGCAUGGGAAAGUCCUUGUGACGAUCCCAUUGUUAAGGCAAAUCCAGAAGCUGAUAUCCAUGAAGAUGGUAUGCAUGAGGAAGAGGAGGUCAGGAAUUUUGAGCAUCAUCAGGUGCAGGAGUGUGGAGAUACUGAAGACACCAGGAAAAUGACAGUGCAGCAUAAGGUUGGCACAACAGUUUCUAAUGCUGUACAAGAGGAUGCUUGUGGCUUUGCAGAGUCCAAAUUGCAAGAUAAACAUGAUUUUCCUUGUGAUAGCUCAGUUGCAGAUGUCAUACCUGACAACAGUGGCAAAGCAUCCCCUUCAGUUCCUGAAUUUCAUGAACCAGUAGGAGAGGAGCAGCAGUUAGAUUCUUCGGCAGGAUCCGACAGCAUUACCUGCUCCCAAGAGAAGGUACUCUCUUGUGAGAUCGCAAAAGCCCCGAAUAGCACUGCAGAUGCAGCUGAAGAAACAAAACAUCAUCAAGACCAAACCAGCCUCAAUGUUGAAACUGUUCAUCCUCCUCCCAUUGAACAUCCACCAGAAACUGGAGGUUUUGCAGAGGAAAAUGCUGAUGCCCGGUGUGCGAAUAUUGUCUGUGCAAGUGAAGGUGAAAUCACAUCUUCUCAUGCAGUUGCCACUGGGGAUAUAUCUGGUGAUCAUACUGCCCAUAUGUGCGAAUCAUAUCCUGUAGCAGUUCAUAUUACCGGCAAUACAAUGUCCAAGGAUAAUAGAGAGGCAACUCCUGUAGAUGAUGUUGGUAACCUUUCUGGAGACCGAUGUAUGACUGAUGCUCCAACAGGCGAAGCUAUUCAUCCUAAGAGCCCUCAGAUUGAGAAGGGUUCCUUCGAAAUUGAUGGUUAUUCGACCGCUGCUCAUAGUGCAGAACCAACUUCUGCUAUACCGGUCGAUAGGAAUGUCUCCAUGACUGUGGAUGGCAUGGGCAUUCCAAUAGUAGAACCUGAGCCCUCACAUGAUGGCUCUUGCAAUACUACAGAUCAAUCAAAAGAUUCUGAUGCAGUGGGUUCCUGCCAUUCGGAACCAUGUGAAGAAUUGUCUGCUGCAAAUGCAUGUGUCAACCAAGACACACCGGUUGCAGAUGUGAAGACGCAAGAUGACAGAGUCUCUCUCGUUGCUGAUGGAAAAAUGAGUGUCGCUGAUAUGGAUUCACCUGCACAUAAGGAUUCCGUGCAUAAUUCAGCAAGUGCAACUCUGGCAGUCACUGAUGCUCAACUGCUUGUUGGCAGUAUGGUAUCUCCUGAAGCACAAAGAACAAAUGAAGGUGAUCAUGCAAACAUCUCUGGUGAAGUUGCUUUGGAGGAUUCUUUUGAUGGUGAUUAUGAUUCAGAUGGUUCUCAAAAUGAUCCUGAUAAUGCUAUUGUCGUGGAAACGGUUAGUGAGCAUCAGGCAGAUGAUGAUUCUCAGUACGAGGAUGGUGAAUUUAGGGAAUCCUUUGUACAUAGCUGGGAAGAUGAUGCUGGUGAGGAAGGGGAAGCUGAGCGUGUGGACUAUGGAUCAGACAACAUAGACACUGAUGCUUUUGAAGUGGCUGCAGACUAUGGUGCAUCUGCUCCAUUACAAGGUGAGAGUGAUGAAUGCAAGAAAGAGGCCUCAACAGAGCUUGAUCGUGUUCCUCAGGAAGGAGAUCUCAUUGCAGAUGAGAAUAAGCAAGAAGCCAAACAUCUCUCCGCUCGGCGAGCCUCAUUAAAAACUUAUGUUUCAGCUAUUGACUCUGGUAAGAGAAGGGCAUUGAAGGUCAUGAGGAAAGUCUCAACUGGCCAGUUUGUAAGGAAGGAUGGCAAUGAGACACUUGAGAUGAAUGGGAAAGUUGUGGCAGAUUUGGGUGCAAGUAGUGAAAAUGUAAUCCGAGAUGAUGAAUUUGGUACCAAAGGUGAUGCUACCAAGGAGUCGAGCCAUUCUGCGCUUUUGAGGAUGAAGUCGACAGGAUGGGAUCAGUUGCCUGAAGUUUGCAAGAGUUCAAGGGAAGCAGCUACAGAUCUUGGAGAUCACAGCAUAGUGAGGAAUCCUCCUGGUGCUCUUUUGGAUUCAACCGAUGCUGGGGAAUCUUUGAGAAGGGUGGUUGGAUCAACGUCGAACAGGGAGCUUUCUUCACGUAUUGAGGGACCAAAAUCCUCUGACGUGACAUUUAGGAAAGAUAAAAUAUAUGUGCAAGGAAGCAGAUCACAUGACCUUGAUGAUUCUAACCUGAGAGGUGAAAGGGAUGCUGGCCCAGGUAGAUCCAUUGGAAGGGGCGGAUCCUCUGGGCAUUUGCGUGGUAGAGGCAGAGGCAGUGACCAUUGGUUGGAUUCUUCAGGUGGCCAUUGGGGCCACAAACGCCAUCAUUCACCUGGUUACUAUGACUCAGGUGAUUUUGCUCCCCCUGGACCAAAGAAUGCGGCUGCAGCAGCUGCUGCGAAGUUAGAGAGCAGUGGCUUUUUGGUUGCUCCCAAUGGCACAGUUGUAAAAUCAGGCAGUGUGGGACCUACUGGUCGGGUGCACAGACGACUUGCAAAUGCUUCCUCACAAGGCACACAUCACUCUCUGACAGGAAGGGGAUCACCAACUGACAGAGAUGGUGCAUUGAGAUUUGGUAUGCCAGUACGACAUGGACUGAUUAGAGAGAUGAGCCCCGAAAGAAGUAUUAGUGCUGGAAGGGGCAGAUCCGGUAGGUACAGGACCAGAGUGUUUGCUACAGGACAGCGGGAGAGGUACAAUGGGCACAUGCCUGAUGAUGACAUUGACUCUUCCUUACCUAUGCAAUAUCCUGUGGCCAGAAGGGAGAGAAGUUUCUCUCCCAUUCCAAGAAGAGCUUUUCAUCUUUCUCGCUCGCACACGAAAUCUCGGUCAAGAUCCAGAACUCGCUCACCCCAUAUGUGGACAUCUCCAAGGGGAAGAAGUGGUGGGAUCAAUGGAGGUCCUGGUUUUCGACGGCACAGCAGAUCUCCUCCAAAUUUCAGGCCAGAGGUCAGAAUGGAAAGGAUAAGGUCACCUGAUCGACGACCACGUUUUGCAGCACACAUGGUAGGUUUUGUCUCAGCAUCAAGAAGUCAUGGUUCCCCACCACACCCAUCCAGAUGGGUUGACGAUAGGAAGGAUGCACCAGAUCAUUUUAGGGAACAUGAGUACAAGCGGUCAUCGGCGUCUGAGAGGAGCCCUCCAGGAAGAGUUUUCUCGCGGAGCCACAGGUUUGAUAUCAUGGGUUCUCCAGGAAGAUUGAAGCCGGAUGAAUACUAUAGAACCAUGCAUUCUGGCAGAUUUCCUGAAUUUGUUGUUGGUAGGGGACCUAGGCAUGAUGGAAGUGAUGAUGAUAGAAGGAAACAUGGCGAAAGAUAUGGAAUGGUCCAAUCAGUAAGGCAUUAUGAUAUGGACGGCGAUGUGAAGCGCUUCCGGUAUGAUGUAGGAGAUGGUUUCCGGACGCAUCACUCUCGUACAAAAAAUGUUUCUGAGUUCCAUGGGCGAGGUAGUCCUCCAAGGGACUACGGGAGGGACAUUGACAGCCGGCUUGGUAAUGCACCUAGGAGGGCUAGAGAAGAGAGAGGUCAUUUCAGAUAUGACCGAGAUGGAAAGCAGAAUGCCAGCUUCAAGACAUUUGGAAUGAGAGAAUGUGAUGAGGAUGCAACACCUAGAAGGAGAAGACCUUCUUGACCAUGUUACUGAGUGCUUUUGCACUUCCUUCUUGACCAUGCUAUCAAAUGCUUUUGCCAUUUGGUGCUUUUGUGGGCCGGAAAGAGAUGCUAAACCUGAUGAUCUUUCUUUUUUCAUUUCAGCAGGAAAGCAUCUCAGUCUUGCAGCCUUUCAUGUUCCCAGAUCUUAUAAAAACUACAUCACUAUUAGGACUUUGCAGAUUUUGUUUGGGCUGAUGCAUCUGUUUUCGUGUUUUCUUUCUUUUUCUUUUUCUUUUUCUUUUUGUCCGGCCCCAUUUUGACUGUGAUGUAAUUUCUGUAUGAGGCCGUUGAAAUAUGAUCAAUUAGUGAAAAUUUGAUUUAUGCUUGUUUCA